CUAUAUUUUGCUUUGCUCUUCAUUUGGUUUUGCCGCUCUAGUUUCGUGUUAUUUUGCUGUGGCGGUCUGGCGGGAGUUUAGAACAGAGCCCGAGAGGGGGCGGUCUCCACGGUAACCAUUUAAGCCGGAAGCUGCUGGGUACUCUCCAGCUAAGCAACAAUAACAGAUAAAAACAAACGGAAUCACUCUAAAAUUUGUACUAAAAUAAGCACAUUCCGUUUAUCGUCUCAGCAUGUGACGGAAAUCCAGAUAUUUAUUAAAGCGAAGAUUGACCGGCAGGUACCGUGUGUCUGUCUGUCCAUCUGUGUGUCCAGCGAUGUCCAGGUCAGUGGUGUGUCCAGUAAGUGUCUCGGCGGCGGCUCCAGAGUCUCUGUCUGUCCUCCAGAGGCGUCUCCAGACAGCAGAGCAGCAGACAGAGGAGCUGGUGAGGACUCUGGGCAGCUUGGGAGCAUCUGCAGAUCAGCAGCAUCUCCAGAACUCUGUAGGAACCCGUCCCAUCAGUCCUGUGAACAUUCAGCGGGCCCCGAGCGCCACAGGAGAGAGUUUGCUCUGGAGACAGUGUGAGACGCUGGUCGCUCGUGUGUGCAGAUUGGAGAGUGUUUUACAUGCUCUCAAACUCACGGCCUUCCGUCUGGAGACAGAGAGACAGCUCAACCCAUCUCACCCUGCCGGUCUGCAGGAGCGGUUAAUCAGCCUGCAGGAGCAGCAUGAACGGGAGCAGCGCGCGUCUCUGCUGGAGCUGCUGCGUUUACAGGAUGAGCUGCAGCAGACCCGAGAGGACAGACAGGAGGCGCAGCGGGAGGUGAUCCGUCUCACAGAGGCGCUGGAGAACACCAUGUCCUCUCAAAAAAAGGAGCAGAUGGCGCAGGAAACUGCAGCACACCUGGAGUUUGAAAAGUCCCACAAUGCGCUUCUGCAGAGAGUGGAGGAGAUGGAGACAGUGGUGGAGAGGGAGAGAGCACAGGUGGAGAUUCUCCAGAGAGACUGCCACGCCUUACGCCUUGACGGACAUGCAGACAGGGCGGAGCUAAAGAAGAGGGAGGAGAAAAUUCUGGACCUGCAAAGAGAGUGUCAGCAACUCCGUGAUCAGUCUGGAGUGAAAGAGAUUCUAAUAUCACAGCUGACCAAAGAGAUCAAGUGUGUGAAGACGGUUCUGCAGAAACAGCAGCAGGAGAACAGCAGACUCAUCAGAGACGGACGAGACCUCCGAGCAGCUGCAGAUCAAGUGCAGGUUUUAAAUGAAAAGUUAGAGGUUCAAUGUUCAGAACUGAGCUCUGCACUUCACGCAUUAACUCAGGAAAAUGCCAAACUACAGUCUGAAUACCAGAACAACAUCAAGGCAGAGCGGGAUCGUGUAUCUAAACACCUCAAGGAGCAGGAUCUGCUUUUAGACACAGCCAGGAGGAACAUCCAGGCUGAACUACAGAGAGCCAUAACAGAGAAACUCUCCCUGCAGAAAGAGCUGGAGACGCUGAAGGUGGAACAUUCCAGACUGCAGCAGAGUUCUGUGUUUUCCCAAGAAACAGCUGUCAAUCAUCUGCAGAUGCUGGAACAGACCAUUGAGAGGCUGAAGGGGGAGAUCGGCAGUGCUGUGAGAGAUGGAGAGAUGCUGAGAGAGGAGAGAGAUCACAUACACAGUCAAAUGAGCUCUGCAGUCUGUUUGCUUGAAAAGGAGAAGAACAUCCUAGAAACACAGCUGACAGAAAUCAAGGCGGAGUUGACCACGGUGAACUCAGCACUGCAGAAACAGACGGAGGAGAACAAGGAGCUGAUGGAGAGCCUGGCAGCCAUGGAGCAUCAGCAGGUCACUCAUCGUCAGGUUGAACAGAUGCUCUGGGAGAUGACGGAUGGCAAGAACAAACUGGCCUACGAGAAGGGCAAGUUGCAGGCACGUGUGCAGCAGAUGGCCGCUGAACUGAAGACAUUGAAAGCAGAAUGUGCUCAACACUGUCAGACCAAAACUGCACUGGAGAACAGUUACACGCAGACGCAGAGGGAAAAUCAGGCACUGAAAGAUCAACUGCAGCAGCAGCACAGAGACAUGAAUGAAGUAGCACAGACUCUGGAGAACGUCUUGUCGUCUCACACACAUCUACAGCACAACACACAAACACUGAAUGCAGAGCUCAGAGAAACAGCAGAGGAAAUGCAGACCCUCAGGAGAGAGAGACUGGAGGCUAUGCAGGAGAUUCAGAGACUUGAAGAUAAGGUUGAGAAUCACAAUGCAGCAAACACAGAGAAGGUUGAAUCUUUACAAAAAGCACUUGAUGAAGCUCAGCUGGACAACAGGAAACUUGGCCAGAGUUUAGAGCAGGCUUUACAGGAAAACCACAACACACGGCAGAAACUAAACACUGUUGUCGAGAGGGAGGCGGAGCUUAAAGAGGCGAAAGAUGAGAUUCGGCGAUUGACAGAACAAUUAGAUUCACUUAAAAACCUGCUGAACAGAGAAAAAGAGUUUGCAAGGAAGUCUGCGCACAGGCUGAAGAAGGCACUAAAUGAUGCAUCUGUGAAGUCAGGUGACCUCUCACAAGCCAAUCAGGAGCUUCGAGAGAAGGUUUCUGAACUGGAGAAACAGGUGUUCAAUCAGAAGUCUCAGCUGAAUCAGUAUGUGGACAAGAGAACAGCUCUGAGCAACUCUCUGAGAAUCAAGGAUCUGGAAACAGAAAUUAAAGAUCUUGAAGAAGCAAAGGAUGAAUACAAGAAAAGGAGUUAUGAGCAGUCUCAGUGUUUGCUGCGUCUGCGUUCAGAGAUGGUUUCUCUCCAGUCUGAGCUGAUCAGCCUGUCCUCCAGCCAGCAGGGGGAGCUCCAGGCCCAAAGAGAAACCAGUCACAAACUCCAGGAGAAAUGUCAGCUCCUGGAAGAGCGGCUGAAACUGCUCCAGGAUGAGAGGGAUGAUGCAGAGAUCAGACUCAGAGAAGUUUGUAUGGAGUCACAGGAGAUCACAGAGAACAUGGAUGAAGACCACAGAGGGCUCCGCUCCAAAUCUCACAGCUUUAAUGACGAGCCGCAGAAACUCACCGAGAGCUUAUGGAGGAUGAGAAAAGAGCGCUCGUGCUCUACUCCAGUUCAGACUCGCGUUUGCUUUUUUGACCCUGAACUGGAGCCCUGGGCAUCAGCACUACAGCGCUGGGAGAUUAAGAAAGAGCUGGGACGCAUCGCUGGCAAUUACAAACCCAGAAGACAUGUGCGCACACUGACCACCUGAAAACAGACAGUCAUAGAGAUGUGCAUCAACACCUCAUAGAUCAUGGAGACGUGCUUCAGUAGGUCGUCUGCUUGAAUGUAAAUCUCUACAGUUGGUGUGUUUUGAUCAAACGUACAGUUGAAGUCAAAAUGAUUAGCCUCUCUCUAUAUUUUCCCCCAAAUUCUGAUAUAAGAUAUUUUCCAGCACAUUUCUAAACAUAAUGGUUUCAGUAUUUCAUUUCUGAAAACUGAUUUAUUUGAUCUUUGUCAUGAUAACAGCACAUAAUAUUUAACUAGAUAUUUUUCAAGACACCACUUUACAGUUUAAAGUGACAUUUAAAG